AAGAACACGUAGGCUACAGCCCCGCAUUCUUUCUUCGUAGCUGCAUUAGCCAGUUAACUAGCCAACUGGACUACCGAGCUAUUUGGGACUGGUAGGAAAGGCACAGCGGUGGCGGAGAAAGGGGAUCUCAGCGCCGCUACGAAAUGGCCGGACAACAGUUCCAGUACGACGACAGCGGCAACACAUUCUUCUACUUCCUAACGUCCUUUGUGGGACUUAUUGUCAUCCCAGCCACUUAUUACCUCUGGCCCCGGGACCAGAAUGCGGAACAACUGCGGUUGAAGUCUUUGAGGCGGGUACACGGACGAUGCCUUUGGUACCGCCUCCGGUUGAUGAAGUCACAGCAGAGCAUCAUCCCUACGCUAAAAAAAGGGGUCUUGCUGCUGGGCUGGGCUGUGUUUCUCUUACUGGCGUACAAAGUGUCUAAUUUAGAACGGGAAUACCAGGAGUACAACCCAUAUGAGGUCCUCCACCUGGAUCCGCAAUCAACCUUGGCGGAGAUUAAGAAGCAGUACAGGGCACUGUCUCUGAAAUUUCACCCUGACAAAGGAGGAGAUGAGGCCACGUUCAUGAAGAUCUCCAAAGCCUACAUGGCUUUAACCAAUGAGGAUGCACGGACGAAUAUGGACCUUUACGGGAAUCCAGACGGUCCAAGAGCGUUAACUUUUGGUAUUGCUCUACCUGCCUGGAUCGUCGAUCAGAAGAACUCAAUGCUGGUGCUGCUGGUGUAUGGACUAGCUUUCAUGGUCAUUCUGCCCGUUGUUGUGGGCACAUGGUGGUAUCGUUCCAUCCGUUACAGUGGUGACCAGAUCCUCAUCAACACUACGCAGCUCUUCAUGCACUUUAUGUACAAAACACCCAACAUGAACAUGAAACGACUAGAGAUGGUUCUCACCGCUGCGUUUGAGUUCGACCCUCGCAGCAACAAAGAAGCUGUCAGCAGACCGACAGACAAUAUCGAAGUCCCUCAGCUGAUUCGUGAGCUGGGCAGUGUGAUAAACGUGAAGAAGAAGGAGCCCCCGUUCUGCUACCCCUACAGCCUGAAGGCCCGAGUGCUCAUGCUGGCCCAUCUAGCACGCAUGGAGGUGUCUGAGGACAGCGAAGAAGACCAGCGGUUUGUUGUGAGGAAGUGUCCUGCCCUGCUUCAGGAGAUGAUCAACGUGGGCUGCCAGCUAACCAUGAUGGCCAACAGCAGAGGAGGUGUGCACGCUCCCCGGCUGGUGUCCAUAGAGAACUGCAUGAAGCUGUCCCAGAUGGUGGUGCAGGGCCUGCAGGAGGCCAAGUCCCCUCUGUUGCAGCUACCACACUUCGAAGAGGAGCACCUACGCUAUUGCAUCUCAAAGAAGUAUAAGGUGCGCAGCCUACAGGAUCUGGUCAGCAUGAAGGACUCGGAGCGCAGGAACAUGCUCCGUUUCCUUGGCGAGGAGAAGUAUGAUGAGGUCAUGGCUGUGCUGGGCAGCUUCCCCCACGUCAAUAUGGAAACCAAACUCCAAGUUUUGGAUGAUGAAGACAGCAAUAACAUCACAGCAGGGUCCAUCGUCACGGUGACAGUAACCUUGACGAGGAAAAGGAUGUCGGAGGUGUUUGAGAAGGAGCAGGCCACACAGCCGAUUGCAUCAGAGGAGGCCACUCAAGAGGAGGCAGGUGAUGGUAGUAAAACCAAAAGUGUGAAAGUGUGGCAGAACAAGAACAAAAGCACAAAGAAGGCGGCCAAAUCUAAAAAGAAGAAGCCGGCGCCCAAGAAGAAGCCUGCACCCCAACACCAAGCUAAGGGGGACAAGCCCAAACAGGCCAAUGGGAAUGUAGCAGGAAACGAGGUGGUGCUGGUGAAGGAGGAGGAGGAGGCGGGCUCAGAUAAGGGCAGCGAAUCAGACGAGGGAGAGGGCGAGGGCAACAAAGACACGGGUAGCGAGAGAGAGGAGGAGAGCGACAAACAGAGCGACACGGAAGCAGACGAGAUCGGCGGUGAUGACGAAGAGGAGUGGGAGGUGCUACAGCAGAGCAUCCAGCGGCGGGAGCGCGCCCUGCUGGAGACCAAGUCAAAGGUCACGCACCCCGUCUACAGCCUGUUCUUCCCCGAGGAGAAGCAGGAGUGGUGGUGGCUCUACAUCGCCGACCGCCGAGACCAAACGCUCGUCUCCAUGCCCUACCACGUCUGCACGCUCAAAGACACGGAGGAGGUAGAGUUGAAGUUUCCAGCGCCCUCCAAGACAGGGAACUAUCAGUACUCCGUGAUCAUGAGAUCGGACUCCUUCAUGGGUUUAGACCAGAUCAAACCACUCAAGCUGGAAGUUCACGAGGCGAAGGCCAUGCUGGACAACCACCCUCAGUGGGACAUCCCCGACACGGAGGAGGAGGAGGAGCCAGACGACAGCGACGGCAUCGAGGAGAGUGAAGAGGAGGAGGAGGACAAUGACUAAAACACAUAUACACACACACACAGUCACCCUCACGCAGAGGGUGUGUUCAGAGACGCACGUCUUAGAAAGCAUACAGAACUAAUCCUGCCAUUAGCACACACACACACACACACACACACACACACACACACACACAGAGUGAGUGCAUCAAGGAUACAGACUGCUUUUGUACACUCACACACCAACUGAAACAUGCUUCAACCCCGCCUCCACACACACAUAGUGUCACUGUCACAAAAUGGACUCAAAGCCUCCCAAAAUGCACUUCUUAGCGCCAGGAGUGUCCAUUCCUUCCUUUCACGCCCCCAACCACCCCACCUCAACCGCUCUCCCCACCCACCACCACUAUGGACUACAGACCCCCCCCCAAACUACCCUACCAAGGAACUUGACUUGCUACAACACACACACACACACACACUCUCUCAAAUGUUCUCACAGGCCAAGCCCACGCAAACAAACAUGUCUCCAAUAAACUCAGCAUCAGUUGCCCAGCUA